UUCUGAGUUUGUCAAAAAAAAAAAACAGAAAAGUUUUGCAGUCACACCUCUCAUCUUCGUUUCGUCCCGGAUCACGAGUCUCCAAACCCAAACCCCAGAGUAGGCAGGAGGAUCCAGCGCGGCGAUGGGGGAGGCGGACGAGAGCACCGGCGGCGGGGACCCGCAGAAGCUGAAGCGGAUCGCGGCGGGAGCGUACGACUACGAGAACGACGCGCGGUGGGCGGGGUACUGGUCCAACGUCCUCGUCCCGCCCCACCUCGCCUCCCGCCCCGACGUCGUCGACCACUUCAAGCGCAAGUUCUACCACAGAUACAUCGACCCUGAUUUGGUGGUUGAGCCAAUGUCUUCCACAAGUUCGACUCAAUCCAACAGAUCAGCAGCAAGUUCUUCAUCUACACCAUCCAGUGAGAAUUCCCGAGCUCGUGACACAGGAUCUAGUGCGAGAUCAACUGGUGCAUCUCAACCAGCACCAACAGAAAGGACAGGAAACUCUUUACGGUUCGAUGGACGAACCAUACAUUUCUCUAUCAAUGCUUGGGUAUUGAUUGUUGCUAGUCUUGGAAUCCUUCCAAUUGUACCGAAAGAUGUCGCAAGCAAAGCAUAUAGACUUUCGUUGCUAGGAACAAUAUGCUCGUCAGCAUAUUCUUUAUACUGCACUUAUGGGAAACCAAGAGCAUGGAACAUGCCUGCAAUUCAGCCUUGGCUGCAGUCUAUAAUUGUAGCCAAGGACUUUGUUCAUUUGAUGUUCUCUCUUAUGAUGUUCACAUCAAAUGUACGCUUUAAGAUUGUUCUACUGCCUGUGCUUUGCUGGGCACUUGAUCAUGUUGCUAGAUUCCUGAGGCGUAAUUUUGCACGCUCCUCUUUCUACAGGAGGUACAUGGAGGAGCCUUGUUUGUGGGUGGAGACAAACAACACUACGAUCAGCCUCCUUUGUUCAAAUGCUGAAAUUACCCUUGGCUUUCUUAUGAUCGUAUCACUUUUCUCGUGGAAACGCAACAUAAUUCAGACAUUCAUGUACUUUCAUCUGUUGAAGUUGAUGUACCAUGCUCCUGUAACAUCGGGUUAUCACCAGAGUGUGUGGGCGAGAAUUGGCCGGGCUGUAAACCCUCACAUUCUUCGGUACACGCCAUUUCUCAACACGCCAAUUUCAGCAGUACAAAGAUGGUGGCUGAGAUAGAAGGCAUGGAUGGUGCCACGCCUAUGUGUCCCUUGAUCCCCUCUACAUAUAGAGAGUAUCUGCUACAGUGGGCUUCCCUCGUCAUCGUUCCGUUAAGAACAUACACGUCACUUGCACAUCGUUCUGUUGUUUUCAUACCCUCAUUUCACGUCUUACUGAGCUUUUUUUUCCGGGGAUUACUGAGCUACUCAACGGAUGGCACAGCAUAAAUUUUUCUAUGCAAGCAGUAGGUUUUGAGCGGUC